AUGUCGGAAACACUUGGUGUACCAGUGAAUAACCUGAAGGUUCAUUUCAAAGAAGAAGAUGGGACAGUGUUUUUUGAGAGCUACGUCCCCCCAUCUCGAGAUGCCAUUCACAUGCCCACAUAUGUCCUGUACCUGCUCAUCGCUGUGUUUAUUGUGCUGUCUGUCCUUUAUGCCAUCAUUGGACACCUCAUUAAAGACCUCAUUCAUGACUGUGCAGAUUGUUUGUUUGGGGCUCAACCUGAGGAGAUUGAGGUAAACUACUGUGAAGCUAAAGAUAAGUUUAUGGCAGACUGGUGUCCAGAGACAUCACCUGAGCUGGAGGCGAUGGCCAGGGCUGAGGAGAAGAAUUCCUUUGACAAAGAUUUCAUCAGAGCUCCAGCCAUCUGGAUCAUCUCAGAUGUGGUAGAGGCACGGUCAAGCAGAAGUUCCCCUCGGGUGGUGUUUGGAAAGAGGACCUAA